UGCUGUACUUCUCAGUUCUCCGCCAUAAUUGUGUAUUCGUGUAACGUAACGCAAGUUGCAACGCAACGCUAAGUCGCUAACGCUGUAAAACAAACGCCAUCAAUAGCUAGAGCUACAUCCUUAACUCUUAAGUAUUAAUUGCAGUGGUGGUAAUGAUGAUAAUGAUGAUGAUUAUGUUGAUUAUGAUGCCAAGAAUAAGUAGCCAAGCAUAAAACAAGCAUUUUUGUAUUGUUGUGAUUGUCGAGUGUAAUUUGUAGUUGUGAUAAUAUAUUGAUUGAUUGAUUGAUUGAUAAAAUAUAAAAAUAUAAAAUAAUGGAUGACGAAGAAGGUUCAUCAAGUUCUGGACCAAUGUCAUCAUUAAAUAGUUUAUUUUCAUUUACAAGUCCAGCAGUUAAAAAACUACUUGGUUGGAAACAAGGUGAUGAGGAGGAAAAAUGGGCUGAAAAAGCUGUUGAUUCAUUGGUUAAAAAAUUAAAAAAACGUAAAGGUGCUAUUGAAGAACUUGAACGUGCAUUAAGUUGUCCAGGUACACAAAGUAAAUGUGUCACAAUACCACGUAGUCUUGAUGGACGUUUACAGGUAUCACACAGAAAAGGUUUACCACAUGUUAUAUAUUGUCGUGUAUGGAGAUGGCCAGAUUUACAAUCACAUCAUGAAUUAAAACAUUUAGAAUUUUGUCAAUAUCCAUUUUCAGCAAAACACAAAGAAGUAUGUAUUAAUCCUUAUCAUUAUAAACGUGUUGAAAGUCCAAUAUUACCACCAGUUUUAGUACCAAGACAAUCUGAAUUUCCACCUGGUCAUUCAUUUUUAUCAUUUGCACAAGUACCAGAACCAAAUAUGCCUGAUAAUGUUAAAUAUACAAUGAAUGGUAGUUUUACAACAAGUAGAAAUGGUCCAACAUCACCAAUGUCAUCAAUUGGUUCAUCACCAAGUCCAUUAUCAUCAUUAAAUCCACAAAGUCCAUAUGGUUCAUCAAAUGGUUUACCAGAAACACCACCACCAGCAUAUUCACCAUCAGAUGAUGGACAAUCACCACCACCACCAUCAUCAUCAUCAUCAACAACAAAUAAUCCAUCAUCAGAUCAAUCAGCAAUGGAUACAAGUAUCAGCAAUAAUCCAAAUGAUGUAUCACAAGUAUGCUAUCAAGAACAACCAUACUGGGCAUCAAUUGCAUACUAUGAAUUAAAUUGUCGUGUUGGUGAAGUAUUUCAUUGUCAAUCACAUUCAGUAACUGUUGAUGGUUUUACAAAUCCAAGUAAUAAUGAUCGUUUUUGUCUUGGACAAUUGUCAAAUGUCAAUCGUAAUUCAACAAUUGAAAAUACAAGACGACAUAUUGGUAAAGGUGUACAUUUGUAUUAUGUUGGUGGUGAAGUUUAUGCUGAAUGUAUGUCUGAUUCAGCAAUAUUUGUACAAUCAAGAAAUUGUAAUCAUUCACAUAGUUUUCAUCCAAGUACUGUUUGUAAAAUACCACCUGGUUGUUCAUUAAAAAUAUUUAAUAAUCAAGAAUUUGCUCAGCUUUUAUCACAAAGUGUUAAUCAUGGAUUUGAAGCUGUCUAUGAACUAACUAAAAUGUGUACAAUAAGAAUGUCAUUUGUCAAAGGAUGGGGAGCAGAGUAUCAUCGUCAAGAUGUUACAUCAACACCAUGUUGGAUUGAAGCACAUUUACAUGGACCACUUCAAUGGCUUGAUAAAGUUUUAACUCAAAUGGGAUCACCACAUAAUGCCAUAAGCUCUGUUUCAUAAAUGAGAUUUUUUUUUUUUUUUUUUUUUUUUUUU